GCUCUGCACAACCUCACACACGGACCAUCGUUCAUUGAUCUCCAGCCAAAAGCAAGUUCAUUGAAGCCAUUAGAUUAGCAAUAUCUAAGAAGGAGUUUGUGAACUACAUCUAUCUCUCAACUAUGGUCUACACACACCAAAUUAACAGUCUGUCCAGUGGGGAUGUGUAUCUGGUAAAUGCCCACUGCGAUGUGAAGGAGAAGGACCAGGAGAAGAAGGAAUCCUUUCAGGCCAUUUGGCUGGACUUGGUGAUGGAAACAAGACCAGAACAACAGACCACGUUGUUUGAAAAUGACUCCAUACAGAGGAAAACCUACGAGCAGAAACAGGUGGCACAUUUUCUGGUGCAGAGAAACCCAAGUCAGAGGAUCAGGAUGGGAACAAUGGGUAGACUGAUGAAGGAGUACCAGCUGCCAUACAAGAACACCCUCCGAGUGCCUAUUUUCACUCCCAGCAAUGCCUCCUCACCUAAUGACUUGUUCAGAACACCAUCUCCAUCAGAGUACAAAUCAAUAGUGGAGUUUGAGAUGGUCCCUAAAGGAAUAUGUUUAGAUAAACAGGAGAUUUUGCAAAUCACAAAGGACUUGCCUAAACUCUCCCCACCUAUCCGUGUUAACUUCAGGGCGUCUAGUCUUAUCUCCCCACCAUGUGAGUUUUCUCACUCCUUCAGAGGUUGAGAGGGAAAGAAUGAAUAUGGGAUGUUGGAGAUCCAAUUUGAAAGCAGGUGAAAGAUAACACCAAUUGUUAAAUGGGUGAAGGGAAUUAUUUAUGAAUAUGGCAAAAGUAUUUUAACAUAAGUUUGGCUUUAAGGGUUAUGUUGAGUGAGCUUUGAACAAGGAUUAACUGAAUAUAAAUCAAACAAUGUAUAUAUGAAAUUACUAACUAGGUGAGUAUCAUAGGCAUAAAGGUCUGUAUAUUUAACUUACAAUAAAUCUUUCUUGGCAAAAUCUCAUGAAAGAACUCUAAGUAUUUUCGUUGGCAUCUGGUACACUGAUACUGGAAAACAUUUAAUUUCAGCAUUUAGUGGUUAAUCUUCUGUUUGUAAAAUAGUGACUAUGGUCUAUAAUGUGAUUUAUCAAAUGCCAAUUAUUAAAAUGCUUCCAAACUAAGGAUUUA